AUGUCGGUUAUUUCGAUUACUUUGGCGAAACCAAGAGAUAGACAUGAAAAUGAGCAUGAGGAGGAUAGUAUGAUGCAAGAUGAUGAACUUGAUGAUAUAUUAGAAACUAAGAAACGCCAAGUUUUAGGUUUAGAGAACAAUACAAUUGUCACUCCUGGAGAACUAAUUACUGAAGAUGCUACAUGGAUGAGGGGCCAUGGGACAUACUAUCUUGAUGAACACACCUAUACAUCCACAGCGGGAGUAGUUUCCAAAGUGAAUAAAUUAUUGAGUGUUAUUCCAUUUAAUGGACGUUACAGACCAGAAACAGGAGACCACGUUGUUGGACGAAUUAUUGGUAUCAGUAAUAAGAGGUGGAAAGUCGAGUUAGGGGCAGAACAUGCCGGUGUCUUGUUAUUAGGGGCUGUGAAUCUACCGGGUGGUGUUUUAAGGAGGAAAUCGGAUAGUGAUGAAUUACAAAUGAGAAGUAUAUUAAAGGAGGGUGACCUAUUAAACUGUGAAGUCCAAAGCACAUUCUCUGAUGGUAGCGCCAGCUUGCACACACGUUCCUUGAAGUAUGGUAAAUUGAGAAACGGUGUGUUUGUUAAGGUGAGUUCAUCACUAAUUGUUAGAACAAAGAAUCACAUGCAUGAUUUACCAGGUGGUGUUUCAGUAAUUCUUGGAGUUAAUGGAUAUUGCUGGAUAUUCAAGACCAAGAUAAAUGCAAACGCAGGAGAAGUAAACAAGUCAAUAGGCAAGGCGGAGAGUGAGCUAACUGCUGCUAAUAAAGGAUAUUCGAUUGGUAUGGGUAGUGUCAGUAUAACCAGGCUUGAAGAGGAGAGUUCCUGGGAGAUUUAUAGUGACAAGAACGACGACAUUAGUUCUAAUUUGAAGGAAACCAUUUCCCGUUAUAGGUGUUGUUUGGUAGCGUUAGGCUUCUGUAAUAUUGCCAUUGAUGUAAAGAGAUUGGUGAAAGCUUAUGAAAUCAGUUUGGGGUAUGGUGAUGUCAAUAGCUUGAUUAGCGGAGAUGUGAAGAGAAGCAUUGGUGAAGACUUAAUAAAUGCCGAGAAGAUGAGAGGCUAA